AUUUUCCCUUCUAGAGGUGGUCAUCUGUGUGUCUUCUCAUCAAUGGCAACAUGCCUCGCACCAACGCUUCCGCUUUCCACCCAGACACCUUCUCUCUGAUGGGGAUCCCAGGGCUUGAGGAUGCCCACGUCUGGAUCUCCCUGCCUUUUUGCUCCAUUUACCUAAUGGCUCUCCUGGGCAACGCUACCAUCUUGCUGAUUAUCUGGUUUGACCGCACACUGCGGGAUCCCAUGUUCUCCUUUUUAGCUAUCUUAUCCAUGAUAGAUUUGGCCCUCUCCACAUCCUCAGUGCCCCGGAUGCUGGGGAUAUUCUGGUUUGAUGCACAUGAAAUUGGUUUCUCAGCCUGUGUGGCCCAGAUGUUCCUGAUUCACACCUUCACAGGAAUGGAGUCUGCUGUCCUGCUGGCCAUGGCCUUUGACCGCUAUGUGGCCAUCUGUGCACCGCUCCGCUACACCACCAUCCUGACACCCCGUGUGCUAGCAGGCAUUGGUGUUGGUAUUAUAAUGCGCCCGGUUCUGCUCAUGUUGCCCAUUCUUUACCUAACCCAUCGUCUGCCCUUCUGUGGGGCUCACAUUAUUGCCCACUCCUACUGUGAGCACAUGGGCAUUGCCAAGUUGGCCUGUGCCAGCAUUCGGAUUAAUGCUAUUUACGGUCUCUUUGUGGCUUCUUUUCUCAUUUUGGAUGUGGCACUGGUUGGAAUCUCUUAUGCCCAUAUCCUUCGAGCAGUUUUCCGCCUCCCAUCUCAAGAUGCUCGUCUCAAAGCUCUGAGCACCUGUGGGUCACAUGUAGGCGUCAUGUGUGUUUUCUAUAUACCCUCUCUAUUCUCUUUUCUCACCCAUCGGUUUGGCCAAAGAAUUCCCCGCUAUGUCCACAUUCUUGUUGCCAGUCUCUAUGUGGUCAUCCCACCUGCUCUGAAUCCCAUCAUCUAUGGCGUUAGGACAAAGCAGAUUCGAGAGCAUGUGAUCCGUGUUUUCACGUCAAAGUAGGGUAGUUCCUGGGGGCGUGUUAAACUUAAGAGUUCAGCAGUCAACUUUACCUCUAC